UUUUAACAUUGCCUCCACAUUUUCCCCCCCUCUCAAACCCUCCUUCUGACUCACCCAACCCUCCAGGAUGCUUCCCUCCAAAACCUUGCAUUUCCAAAUUCACAUUUUGGAGAUUUUCACAUUCAGUUCACUCUCACUUUCCUAAGACCACUCCUCCACUGCCACCACCGAUACUGCCCCUUCCUCCACCUCACCCGCGUCGAAACCCUAGACAUUGAAUUAUCUAUAUUAGUUUCUAACGAAUAUUAUUUGGUUCUUAUGAGCAGAUGAAUUGACAAACCCUAACCGCGUCGUCAUCAGUGAGGAGAUGAAGAGAUCGGAGAAGGUGGAGGUUGGUGAAGGGAAAGAGGACGAGAAGGGUGGCGUUGGCAGGGGAUUAGUGGAUGGAGCCGAAGAGGGAGCGAUCAUCAUCAUUGUCAAAUUGUUCUCCCUGUAGUCCCGAACGCCUCACGACGGUGAUAGCAUGGAUAGCGAGGUUGAGAAGCUAAACGAGAUGGCGGAAAAGAAGGAGGGCUUGGAUUCACAAUUUUUCAUGAAGGGGAUCGUGGUGGGUUGUUAGUAGACAUCGACACUGCUUUUUCUGUUUUGUUUUUCUUGUGCAGAUAGGGAAAAGUUCUUCAUUUUCAUAUGCUUUGCUUGUGCUCUCAUGACAGUAGAGAAUGUGUUAUAUCAAUAGUAGAAAUGAAGAAUGAAAGAGAAAUUCUUUGCACCGGUUUCCUUUAUAAAAUUUCAUGGGUUGAAGUCACAAGGGAUCGUGCUUUAAUAAUGAGACUGCUGAAAACACGUAGAGGGACUUUGGCUCUAAAUAUCCUGGAGGUAAGGGACAAGGAGGAAAAAAAAUCCAGAAGCAUGUUCAUCUAUUUCCAAGGUACCAAAUGUUGGAAAGUGGUGUGCCAUCACCACACGAUAUAUGAAGAUCAAGUGGUGGGAGCAAAACAACUUAGAAUUAGCAUUGCAAGUUUUAUAAUUGUCUUAUGAAAUUUUAAUGUUUUUUUUUGGAUGAUUGAAUAUUUUGGUAUUUUGGUGUAAUUAUGUUAUGUUGAUAAUAAAAUAAUUUAGUCUA